AUGAAGUCUGUUACAUGCCUCGUGGCAUGCUUGGUCCAGUGCUUGGUCUUCCCUUCCCUGGCGUUGACGGGCGAGUUCCUACAACGAGACCAUGCCUUGGCGGCAGAGCAGCCAGCAACGCCGGUGAAGCCUCCGAAACCCAUGUUUGGACCUGAGGCAUAUGUCCUUGGCAUCAUUGCACCGGGCUCGUUUCUGCUGGGACUUAGCGUAGUAGUAGCACUUCGUUACUACGAGAGGCACAACCCGAGCACUGACUUGGAGACAGUUGAACGUCAGCCUGAAAAUUUGGAUGAGGAUGUCUACGGAGCAGGUGUCGCAACUCUUGUCCGAGAUUCAUUCAGCUUGGUGGAUGGCAAGGGGGACCUCGUACUUCGAAUCUCCCGUUUGUCCAGCAGUUUGAUUCUCAUGAUCUUUGUCAUUGCACUUCAGGUCUUUGUUAUUCUUCAAAUGCAGAGCCUCGUGGCAAGCAGGGCAGUCACAGAGAUUCGCCAGAUCUAUGGGCGCUAUGAAUUUGUCAUGUAUGGUGCGGAAAUGUCGCAUGUCUACCUCACUCCAAACGGCUUCCCAUGUGGUGCAGACAAGCAGUACUUUGAUCCUGCAAACUUUGGACGUCUUACGGAAGAUGAACAGGCAAGUGCUUGCCGAAUUCCAUUCUCGCAGCCACAACUUUUGCUUCCCAUUUUGUUUAUUUGGACGCUUACAAUCGUGGCAGAUCUUCGCCGCUGCGGGGACCUGUUUGUGCGCCUGAUACUUGCAACACCCACGAUCACCUCCAUGCGUGAUGCAGUGGUUGAGAGUGAUGGUGAAUGUGAGAUCAUUGUGGGCUUAACGCGGCCCAUCAAAGCCAUGUUAAUGUCCACCUGCAUCCUGCCUCGCUACGUUAUCGACGUCUACUUGCUUUGGCUUGGCUGUCGAUGGCUUGCAGCCACGCCGAGCUUUGGGGACCUCCUACUGAAUGCAGUCGCUCUGGAGUUCAUCCUCUUGCUGAAAGAUACCCUGUAUGCGGGUGUGGUGCCUGACCGAAACAAGAGAGCAACGCAAAAUACACUGAUUCAACCCUGGCAGAAGACAGAACCCGCAAACUAUCGCGUGUUCCUCUCGUCAUUCUUGCUGAUUUUGGUCACAGUCAUUUGGGUGCUCUACUACGUCUAUCGCUUCCAAGCCGUACUUCCUGACUACAAAUGGGAUGUUGCAAAGGUUUGCGCUUCAUAUGUCAAGUCAAUCACAAGCGGAAAGGCUAGCUGA